AUUAGAUUUAUGAAAUUUUGUACGAGUCUCCGUGCCCUACCCGCCCUCGCGAUCUCUUCGUCCUCGGCAGCUAGCGGCGGCCGCCGUUUCCUCCUUUCUCGUGGUCACCAUCUACGCCGCUUCGCUUGGCACGACACAAGAGCGAAGGGUGCAGCAAGCAGUCAUCACUUCCUCCUACCUCUUCAUCAGCCAUCACAGUCCCCGCGCUCUCCUGAAAGGAAGCGGGAGUUCAGAAGGAGAUCUUGGAUCGCAAUAGAAGUGCUCCAGUUGUAUAUGUUAGUUGCCUGUUCGUAUUUCUUCAGUAUUUUCCGUUUCAAGUCGAAAAUUUCUUGAUCUUCAGCCUGAAAUUUCUGAGCAUCUCCAGUUUAAUUAGCGUACAAAUGCGGCAUAUGAAGCAACAAGUCAUUUCCCAUACCGUAUGAUCAUUACGGUUCAUAUCCGGUUAAGCGAAGUCAUGAAAGAGCAAAACUAUUCUCCUGUCCAGUUAGAUUCUGAACAACAAGUUAUAUUGGAAGUUGCAAAUUCUUACUGAUAUAUCAAUACAAAGACACUAUUUUUAGUUCAAGAUGUCAGCGAAAUGGCGUGCUAUCCAGCACAGGCAUCAGUACACUUACAACUCGGUCAUUUUUCCGAAGUCCUUUAUUGAAGCCUUGAAUCUUGUGUCCUCGGAGGCUUCCUCCUGGCCAUCGGAUUUCUUUUCCCAAUUGAAAAUUUUGAUCUCCUUGAAUUCAACCUACUCCCAGCUUGUGGCUGUCAAAGAUCUUUCUUCAGCCUUCGUUCAGUUGCUUGCCUUUCCUGGUGUGGCUGAUGGCACACUUGCCAAAGCUACAAGACUUUAUCUCGAGAUCCUCUUCCUAGAUAAUUCCCUACCUCUUCACCGGACACUGAUCUCUGCAUUGUUGAGGAGCCAGAAGAUUUCUUCCAUUAUUGGCCAGUGUUUAUUAUCUCUUUGUGAGGAGUAUGCUAUUACAGGAAAAAGAGGAAAGAAGCGAUUUUUGGUUGCACGAGCAGUGCUAUCCUUGAUAAGCUACCCCAAGUUAGCAUUUUUGAAUGAGAUUGUGGAGAAAUGUUCAGGCUUUGUGGCGACUGAUAUUGUUGCUGGGUUGGGAAAUGUUGUUUUAGAUGUUCAGCAUGGAUGCUCUCCCUCACCCAUGGUGAUGGAGCAAUGCCAGGAUUCAAUGUCUUGCUUGUACUACUUGCUUCAGAGAUAUCCUAAUAUAUUUGUUGGUUCAGAGGAUUCUUAUGUUUUUUUUAAGAGCAUAGUAGAAGCUAUUUUAAAUGUUCUCAAGUCACCAUUUUUUUCCCGGGACUGUUUGGUGGCAGCAGGUGUUAGCUUCUGUGCAGCCAUUCAGGCUUUUAUGAGUGCUGAGGAGGUCUGUAACUUUAUUUCAAGAGAAUUCUUUGAUCUGAUUAGUAAAGGUUCAGGCACAGGGAAUUUGGUGAUGGAAAAACUAUUUCACAAUGAAAAUUGGAGUUUGCAUAUUCAGGAAUUCUCAGUUCUAGCAAGGCUCUGUUUGCUCAGAGGAAUGUUAACUGCCAUUCCUAGGAAUGUCCUCAACAUGCAUCUUACUCAACCUAAUAAUGGUUCAUUUUGGACUAUAUUGUAUGAUGGGACACUUCCUGAGCUCUGCAAGUACUGUGAGAACCCAAUCGAUAGCCAUUUCAAUUUCCAUGCCCUCACAGUCACUCAGAUAUGUCUGCAACAAGUGAAAACGUCUUUGUCGUCUGGCCUGACUGAUUCCUGUGGUGAUUACAGUCCCUUUUCUGAAGAUACAAUGUACCGUAUACUUAGGAUCAUAUGGAAUAAUCUUGAAGACCCUUUAAGUCAGACCGUCAAGCAGGUUCAUCUUAUUUUUGAUCUACUUUUGGACAUUGAAUCCUAUAUUUCACUAGGUGAUGGUAAUUCUGGAAAAAAACUAUUUUUACAUAAGAUCGCAGGAAAUCUUCUUUGCUUAGGGCCUCGUUGCAAGGGUAGAUAUGUUCCUUUAGCAUCUCUCACCAAACGAUUGGGUGCAAAGACACUUCUAGAUUUGAAUCCGAAACUUCUUUUGGAGACAGCUUAUGCCUAUGUGGAUGAUGAUGUUUGCUGUGCUGCUACAUCGUUUUUGAAAUUCUUCCUUGAAUGUCUACGGGAUGAAUGUUGGAGCCAUCAUGGUAUUGAGAGAGGAUAUGAUGUGUUCAGGGAUCUCUGCCUACCCCCUGUGUUGCAUGGACUUGUUUCUGGUAAUGUGAAACUCAGAUCAAACUUAAAUACCUAUGCACUUCCAACUGUGCUUGAGGUUGAUACAGAUAGCAUAUUCUCAAUGCUUGGUUUUAUCUCAAUUGGACCUAGCAUAAAAGAAUCCAUCAAUGUGGAUCUGAAGAUUGAGCAAUGUGUUGCUGCAUUGGUUUCUUUGCUUAAGGUUACACGCAUGCUUGCACUUAUUGAGGGGGAUAUUGAUUUGGAGUGUUAUAAUACACAAAAGGAUAAUUUUGAAUCUUCUGACUUAGUUGCUCUACUAUGCAUAAAGGGUAUUACUGUUAGAGUUCCUGCUGUUUGGUUUACUUUAGCAUUGAAACAUGCUGAUCAUAAUCUACGGAUAGAUGCUGCUGAGUCCCUCUUUUUAAACCCCAAGACAUCUACUGUACCUUCUGCAUUUGAGCUCAGCUUGAUGAGAACUGUGGUGCCAUUGAAUAUGAGGUGUAGCUCCACAGCUUUUCAGAUGAAAUGGACAAGCUUGUUUAGGAAAUUUUUUGCAAGAGUUCGCACAGCAUUGGAGAGGCUGGUCAAACAAGGUUUUUGGAAGCCUGAUGCAUGCUGUGAUAGGAAAAAAGUUGCUAAUCAGGACCCUGCUAGGGACCUUGCCAUCAGCAGAGCAGAAGAUCUUUUCUAUUUUAUGAAGUGGUUUAGUAGCUUUCUUUUUCGUUCAUGUUAUCCUUCAGCUCCAUAUGAGAGGAAAACAAUGGCCAUGCAACUCAUUUUGGUGAUGAUUGAUGCAUGGCCUAUAGUUACUCCCCAGAGGAUUCAUCAUCUCUAUCCAUAUGAUGAAGCUGUUAUUUCUCCAGAUGCAACACUUGCACUUGUGGGAUCUGUAAUUGAUAGUUGGGAUAAACUCAGAGAAAGUUCCUUCCAUAUCCUUUUAUGCUUUCCAACUCCACUCCCUGGAAUUUCAUCCAUUGAUUCAGUGUAUGUUCUGAUCCAGUGGGCUAGAAAACUUGUUUGCAGCCCACGUGUUAGAGAAAGUGAUGCAGGUGCUCUAAGUUUUCGUCUCAUAUUUAAAAAAUAUGUAUUAGGUCUUGGUUGGGAACUUGGAGUGUCUGAGGAAGCUAGCUGCCUCAGUCCUCAAAGGAAUGGAUAUUUAUACUAUAAAUCAAGCAAUCCUAUCAUUAAAUACUUGUCAUCAUUGAUUGAAUGGCUAUGUAUUGUUGUAGAAGAAGGUGAAAAAGAUCUCUCUGAAGCAUGCAAGAAGAGCUUCGUUCAUGGAGUUUUGCUCACACUUCGAUACACAUUUGAGGAAUUGGAUUGGAGUUCUUCUAUGGUUCAAUCAAGUAUUACUGAACUCAGGUGCUUAUUGGAGAUGCUUCUAGACCUAAUUAUGAGAAUAACUUCUUUGGCUCUUUGGGUGGUCUCUGCAGAUGCAUGGUCUAUGCCCUAUGAUAUAGAUGAUACAUUAGAUGACUCUGCUUUUCUUUCAAAUUUAUCAUUUGGUGUAACUGCACCUGAAUCUGUAUCUGAUCAAGGGGACAAUUUUUUUGCAUCUGAAGAUAAUGUAAGACCAGCACAACAAGUUGUUAUGGUUGGUUGUUGGCUUGCAAUGAAAGAGAUCAGUCUUCUUUUAGGCACCAUAAUUAGAAAAAUACCGUUGCCUAGUUGCACACUUUUAGAUUCAUCUGAGCAUGCUGAUGCCCCUGGAAGAUCUAAUGAAGUUGAUAUGUCUACUCUAACUGAUGGUGUGCUCAAUCUGGUCCAAUUAGAGACUAUCGGGAACCAUUUUUUGCAAGUUCUUCUGAAAAUGAAGCAUAAUGGUGCAAUCGAUAAAACAAGGGCUGGCUUUACUGCUCUUUGUAACCGUCUCCUUUGCUCUAAUGAUUCAAGGCUUAACAAAAUGACUGAGUCUUGGAUGGAACAACUCAUGGAGAGAACUACUGCAAAGGGGCAAACAGUGGAUGAUUUACUGAGGAGGAGUGCAGGAAUUCCCGCUGCAUUCAUUGCCUUUUUUCUAUCAGAGCCAGAAGGAACACCAAAGAAACUACUUCCAAGGGCAUUGCAUUGGCUCAUAGAGAUUGCAAACAAAUCAUUGUCAAAUAGCUCUGAAUUUGGUUGCAAUAAAAAAGAAACCAUUUUAAUGGAGAAGCCUUCAAGAUCGGCUGAUGAUUCUGAACUGGAAGGUUUAACGACUGUGUCUGCAAAUACAAAGAAAUCUCAAAUCAUAAAUGAGAGUGUGGUACCCACAGUCCAUGCACUUAAUGUUCUAAGAGCGGCUUUCAAUGACACAAAUUUAUCUGCUGAUACAUCAGGCUUUUGUGCUGAGGCUAUGAUUGUUUCUAUACGUUCUUUCCUAUCUCCUUAUUGGGAGGUAAGGAACAGUGCAUGCCUUGCAUAUACAAGCUUGCUUCGUCGUAUGCUUGGAUUUUUUAACAUACAAAAACGUGAAUCACAACGUAGGGCAUUAACUGGGCAUGAGUUCUUCCAUAGGUACCCAGCUUUGCAUUCUUUCCUGCUCAGUGAACUAAAGGUUGCUACUGAACUGCUUGGUGAUGGAUGCUCCAGCUAUCUAGAAUCAAACAUUGCAAAAGCUAUUCAUCCAAGCUUGUGCCCAAUUCUUAUUCUCUUAAGCAGGCUUAAACCGUCAGCUACUAGCAGUGGUGCUGAUGAUGCUUUGGACCCCUCCUUAUUUAUUCCUUUUAUUCAGAGAUGUGCAACCCAAAGUAAUCUCCGAGUUCGUGUUCUAGCUUCAAGAGCUUUAACUGGCCUGGUAUCUGUUGAAAAACUCCAGACUGUCAUUUGCAGUGUUGUUCAUGAUUUACCUCAUGAAAGACGUAAACUGGCAAUAUCCAGUGAAGAAGCUUCUUUGAGCCUCUAUCAGUCUGUUACUGUCGGUAAUGGAUUUGGAAAUGCAUCCACUCGUACUAUAUCUUUCAACUCAAUUCAUGGACUUCUACUACAGCUAUCUUCUCUUCUUGAUAAUAACUGCAGAGGCUUACCUGAUUUGCCAAUGAAAGAAGAGAUUCUGGGUGAACUGAUUGAUGUCUUAUUCCAUUGUAAUUGGAUUGGAAGAACCAGAUCAUGCUCUUGUCCUAUCUUAAAUAGCUCUUACAUACAUGUUCUAGAUCUUAUGCUUGAUAUCUCAAAAUCAUACACAAGCCAGCAUUCCACAAGAAUCAGAUGCUUGCUUCUUCAACUAUCUUUGGAAUGCCUGGAUGAAGAUAAAAAUCCUAUGUUGGCAUGGUACGAUCCAACUAUUGUUGAACUCAGGAGGCAGGCAACUUUAUCCUAUUUCAACUGCCUAAUGGGAAGAAAUUAUGUUGUUCCAGAGGCAUGCAGCCAGUUAUUAAAUAUGUCUUCACCAGAUGUGCCGAACCAGGAGGUGCUUGAUGUUGGCCCCUCUGUGUCUGAACUUCAGAAAAUGAUACUGUCCUCCAUUCUUGAUCCUACUUAUGAAGUUCAACUUGCAGCACUGAAGAAGCUUCUUCAGUUGGUCAAUUCGCUCACUCUUAGUUGCCAGAGUGGUGUCUUGCAUAUGUGGGCUAGGUCCAAUUUGCAUUCUGUGCUGAUUAAGUUGCUAUUUCUGGAAGAGAAUCCCAAAUGCACCUAUUAUGCACUGAAGGUUUUCUUUAAUUGGAACACUCAGCAACUUGAGAAACCAACUGAUUUGCAAUGCAGUAUUGCUGCUGAUUGUGAUUUUCUGUUCAGGUUAUGGGACUGGUUGGUCAAUAUAUAUGGAACAGUAAAGCGUAUAAAGACUCGAGAAAUUACACUGUGCUGCAUGGGUGUUUGCGUUAAACAGUUUGUCCAUUUGCUUAAUAGCUCUUUGUUCACUGGUGAAUAUCAGAUAAUAGAAGAGCCUGCCAAUAAUAUUAGUGAAGGUAAGCAAUCUGCUAAGUGGAUGGGAGCCUUGAGAUGCAUUGAUUUUUUUGUUACCCUAGUUAACAGUCAUAGUGCACCAUCUGAGCCAGUGAACUUGCGGAAGGCAUCUGCAGAAGCCAUAAUAGCUUCAGGAUUACUUGCAGAACUUAUGCCAAUUGCUUUAAUUGUGUCGAACAACCAUGCCGCCUAUGAAGAAACUGACAAUAUCAGUAUUGAAAAUUUUUUUGAAUGGCACUCAUCUGAGGCUGUUAGCUUCUAUGCUUGCAGGAUACUGGAUCUGUGGUUCUCAUGUAUCCAACUUUUGGAGGAUGAGGAUAAUGGGCUUAGACAAAAACUUGCAAAGGAUGUUCAUAAUUGCAUAGCAACAGACAAAAUCUUCAACACUGUACCUACCCAAGUGGAUAGAGUAAUUGAAUUGAGUUUCAAUUUUCUUUCUUCAGCGUGUGGUCACUGGUUUGAGUACAUGAAAUACCUGGCAAACUGGGUUUUGAGAACGGGUAGUUCUGUGAGUUCUUGUGUAGAUCUAGUCCGACAAGUAUUUGACAAAGAAAUUGAUAAUCAUCAUGAAGAGAAACUUUUGAUAUGUCAGUUGUGCUGUCUUCAUUUAGGGAAUCUAUUAGCAUCAAAUUCCUCAGAGGUUCAAGUUAAUCAUCAAGGUUUCAGUUGCAGCUGCAUCCAGAAGUUUUCUUUAGUUAUGAGAUUAAGAUUUUUAAGGCAGUUGAUAUCAUUUUCUAAGAGCUUCCCUGAAACCGAGGGAAUAACAGACUGGAUUGGAGGCAUAGGUAAUCACAAGAAUGCGUUUGUUUGUGUGUACACUAAUCUUCUUGGCAUCUAUGCACUCUCACAGCCACCACAUGAAUUGAAUAAGCUUGGGUGUCCAACAGAUAGUAAUAAACUCUACUUACUGGAGUUUGGGGAACUUGAACAAGUAAUCAGACCUUUUCUUAGAAACCCUUUGAUUAGCAACUUAUAUGAUAUGGUGAUGGAAGGACAUCAAAGGAUGCUCGGGGUCUCUCAAACCGGAGACGAGAGUGAUCGUUUUGAUCCUUAUUUUCUUCUAAGAUGACAACCACACUAUGUUAUUAUAGCUGAAAUCUUGGAGGCACAGGAAGGUCCAAUGAUAUAGCUUUGGAAGAUUCUUUUCAUGAAGUACACCUAUAUUCUGCUGGGUUAAGUUAUGGAGGCCAAUUAGGUAGCUUCGCAUAGUAGGCUGAGAAAGGCCACAUUAGCCACAGUAAAUUUUAUUGGGACUAUGAUCAAUGAAAUCUGCUAAUUGAUUUUUGAUAUGAACAACUAAAUUCAACACUUCAGGCUCUGUUUGGAGCCAUUUGUAAUCUAAACAUGACUUAUUUCAAUCUUGGUUGUGGAUGAGAAAUAGAAAUCAUUUCUUUUGAUUUCAUUUUUA